UAAUGAAUGACUUGGGGUUGAUGGCAUGUGUUGUUUGUGGUAAAGCAAACAGCACCAAGCAUAUUCAAGUCAGAAGCUGAAGCAACCGCAACCAUGCGAUUCUCCUCUGUUCUUCCUUCUCCGAUACACAUGGUCCACAACAUCACACUCUUCCUCUCAAGCUCUUAGCUUUAUCCGAAACCAACCCACCCCAUCUUCCUCUUCUUCCUUCUCUUCCACCACCAUGCCUCUUCUUCUCGCACGCACCCCACCAUCCUCACUCUCUCCAUUCCCUCUUCAAAACGCACGCGCGCCUCUAAUCACUGCCUCUCAGAAGCGCUUCCCUCUUGCCGCAACUCGAAUAGUUCUUUUCACUUCCCGGCGCAGCAUUCUAGCAUCCCCUCCUCCCAAGUGCGCCUCCAUCAACGGAGUCUCUGUUCCGAACAAUCCAGAAGCUUCCGGAGAAGAACAACAACAAAUCUAUAAUGCUUCCGAGCUUCUCGAGCGGAUUCGGAAAUGGGUCGGGAUUUUACCGUCGAUUCUCCCCGGCGGACGGUGGUGGGAGUUCUCCGGCGACGUCGACGUUCAGGUGGUGGCGCAGCCGGUGACCGUGUGGCGCGCGCUCGGGAAAAUGUGGGACCUUGUCGCGGGUGACAGAUGGGUCAUCUUCGCUGCAUUCUCUGCUCUCAUUGUUGCUGCAAUUUCGGAGAUUUCGAUACCGCAUCUCUUGACAGCAUCAAUCUUCUCAGCACAGAGUGCGGACCUUACUGUUUAUCACCGGAAUGUGCGGUUGUUGGUUCUGUUGUGCGUGGCUUCGGGAAUAUGCAGGUCAAAAUCUUUGGGAUACGAGGUUGCUUUUUUGGCAUUGCAAACAUGAUUCUGGUUAAGAGAAUGAGAGAAACACUAUACUCUUCUCUUCUUCUGCAGGAUAUAUCGUUUUUUGACAAUGAAACAGUAGGUGAUUUGACAAGUAGGCUUGGGGCGGAUUGCCAACAAGUGUCAAGGGUUAUUGGAAAUGAUCUUAAUUUGAUAAUGCGCAAUGUUCUUCAGGGGGGAGGUUCAUUAAUCUACUUGUUGAUUUUAUCUUGGCCACUUGGCUUAUCAACAUUGGUGGUAUGCUCCAUAUUAGCAGCAGUUAUGUUACGCUAUGGAAGGUACCAGAAAAAGGCCGCAAGGUUGAUCCAAGAAGUCACUGCUUCUGCAAAUGAUGUAGCCCAAGAGACAUUCUCUCUGGUUAGAACUGUACGAGUUUAUGGAACAGAAGAAGAAGAACAUGGAAGGUAUAAGUGGUGGCUGGAGAAAUUAGCUGACAUAAGCUUGCGACAAAGUGCUGCAUAUGGAGUUUGGAAUUUUAGCUUUAACAUUCUUUAUCAUUCAACUCAGGUUAUUGCUGUGCUAUUUGGAGGAAUGUCUAUUCUAGCAGGUCAUAUCACAGCCGAGAAACUUACCAAGUUUAUAUUAUACAGUGAAUGGUUAAUUUAUUCUACCUGGUGGGUGGGAGACAAUAUAUCCAAUUUGAUGCAAUCAGUUGGGGCUAGUGAAAAAGUAUUCCACUUAAUGGAUCUCUUACCGAGCAGCCAAUUCAUAGAAAGAGGGGUAACAUUGCAGAGGUUAACAGGGCGUAUUGAGUUUCUAAAUGUAUCUUUUCACUAUCCUUCAAGGCCAACGGUAUCCGUAGUGCAACAUGUGAACUUUGUUGUCUAUCCUGGUGAGGUGGUUGCAAUAGUUGGACUUAGUGGUAGUGGAAAAAGCACAUUGGUGAAUCUUUUGCUCCGUCUCUAUGAGCCUACAAAUGGUCAGAUUUUGAUAGAUGAUAUCCCUCUUAAAGACUUGGACAUCAUGUGGUGGAGAGAGAGAGUUGGAUUUGUGGGCCAGGAACCCAAACUCUUCCGAAUGGAUAUUAGUUCAAACAUAAGAUAUGGAUGUACGCAAGAUGUAAAGCAGGAGGAUAUUGAAUGGGCUGCAAAGCAGGCCUAUGCCCACAACUUUAUCUCAGCACUUCCCAAUGGUUAUGAAACACUUGUUGAUGAUGAUCUGUUAAGUGGAGGACAAAAGCAGCGAAUUGCUAUUGCUAGGGCCCUUCUUAGGGACCCAAAAAUAUUGAUCCUUGAUGAAGCCACUAGUGCACUAGAUGCUGAAAGUGAGCAUAAUGUCAAGGGUGUUCUUCGAUCUGUUAGAAGUGAUUCUGCAACAAGAAGUGUCAUAGUCAUUGCACACAGGCUUUCUACCAUACAAGCAGCUGACAGGAUUGUGGUGAUGGAUGGUGGUCACAUUAUUGAGAUGGGAAGUCACAGGGAACUUCUCUUAAAAGAUGGUUUGUAUGCACGGUUAACCAGAAAACAGGCUGAUGCCAUGGCAUGAUUUGUGUUUCCACAUCAGAUAAUCUAUUUUUGUUCUGGCUUUUUAAAGGCAGUACAGUGAGGCAGCAACUUUUUUUUCUUGUUGCUGACCAAUGUAUUUAUAGCAUUAUACAAGAAAGUUGGUGAAGUUUUCAGUAGAAAAGGAAGCUGCAGAAGUUUUGGUUUAAAAUGCAUGGCGGCUUCAGAAAGAUUUCACCCUACAGGUUCUAAGGCAGAUGCAAAAGCAUGCAACUAGGUAGUUUGGAGGUAUUCAUAGUCAAUAUGCUGAUAAGCGUCAGAUGUAAUGUCAUACUGCCAGUGACUGUAUAGAUUAUUCAUUUUAUACCUUCAACUGUAACCUUUUGAAGACAUUUUCUUUGAAGAAUACCACCUGCCCAUGUUUGAUGGCACUUUACUCA